AUGUUCAGGCUCUCAAAGAACCUGAAGCCCAUAUUCCUUCUCGCCAACUCGAUUGCCCCGAUCACGACAAGCGCCUCUCAGAUCAGUCCCAUGCCGGCGUCUUUGAUCCUGGGUGGCAUUACGUGUAUUCUCUCUUCUUCCACUCGUUUGGAUGAAUACCAGGAGAAAGUGAUCGAAACGCUUGAGUGGAUGGGCGACGAAAUUGAUCUCAUCAAUCUAUACAGGAAAGACGGCCUUUUUAAAUUCCACGGUGAGGUGGAGUCGUUUGAAUUGAAGAUUGCCGCAGACAUCCUCAGGUUCUGUGCCCGAGUUGCCGACAUGUUCUACCAUAAAGAUGGUAGAGAGAGGAAUGGUAUUGUAUUCGCGUUGAAGGCGCAGUGCAAAGACUUUGACACCAAGUUUGGAGACAUUAAGGAGCAGUUCAAAUCUCACUUGGGCGCUUUGAAGAACCGCAGGAGCUUGGCCAAUGCACAAACAACACAAAAGACUCAUGAUAAGAUUCAUGCCAUCGGAAUCAUGCUUGACCAGCAAAUUUCAGAGAGAAGGGGGACUUUGGAAGUCCAAGUCGAAGAUGAUCUCAGGAAAGAAAACGAGCAGAGACGCCGCCGCCUUCUGAGUCUGAUCCCAUCCAUCGACUUUGGAGAGAUACAUGAAAACAACUUUGAGCGCGACGACGAGGUGCAUCCGAUGGCGUACGCUUACUGCACAUCUACUCAGUCCAAGACAAGGAUGACACUGAACAACCUCCUCGGCUGCAUUCUCGGACAGCUUUACAAAUACUUGCACCUUUCGGAUGGCGUUGAGAACCUCUUAUCCAAGGCAGACGUGGGAGUUAAGGAAGAGCUUUCCAGGACCGAAAUGAAAGAAGGCAUCAAAACGCCGUACAAGCCGAUCAACCACGCGUUCUGCACUUUCUCGCAAAUUCGACUCGAUAGUGGUGUCAACGACGAUGACAUUAAGACGUAUAUCUCGCAAACGGUCGAUGAGAUUAAUCCAGACCCGUCACCAGAAGAACUUGCUGGAUUUGCUGAUAUCAAGAAUCUCAUGUUCCGACGUGCAGGUGGUCUCUUUCUCUGGGUCCACUUCAGAGCGAAGCAGUUCAAGGAGAUCGGCACGGUUGAAGAUAUCAAGGAGGCACUCGAAGACACGACCGAGGGGCUCGAUGAGCUCUACGGCGAGGAAAUUCGGAAGGUUCUGAAUCAUCCGUCUAGAUUUGUGCGAGAUCGUGCGCUCAGGGCGCUCAUGUGGGUUACGAACUCUUACCGUUCGCUAUCCAAGUUAGAGCUGUUGGAGGCGCUUGCCAUGAAAUCACAAGGCAAGGGGUUGAACAGGUGUCAGAGACUUCCUCGAGACUUUUCAAUCAGCACUGAAUGUGCUGAUCUCAUCAACGAAGACCAUGGGUUUUAUCGACUUCGUCAUGCGUCUCUUAGGGACUUUCUCCUCUCGGAGCUUCCUAUUCUACAGGCCUAUGGUUCUCUUCAACAGGAAGCGCACACAAUGAUUGCCGACACCUGCCUCACAUACCUGAACCUCGAAGCUUUCCAAUCCACGUCUGUGGUUUCAAGAGGGGAUCUGAGACAGCUCCAGUCAGAGUAUCCAUUGCUGGACUACGCUGCAUCAUUUUGGGGUCAGCAUUUCGCUCAAGCUACCGUAGCCGGUAAGGAGAGACUGGACGAUGUCUUGAUUAAAGUGCUUGGGAACGACGUUGCGCUGAGGCUUUCUAUUCAGAUAGUCCGGUACGAAGAGUUUGAGCGUGGUCUCUGGUCACAAGGACAGCCGACGUCCCUCCAUGCUUUGGCCAUUUUCAACCUCGUGGAGAUUGCAGAAAGCAUGGGUCGCUUGAAAGCCUGUCUUCAACAGAGGGAUGAGUUUGAUCGGUUGCCUAUCGAGUAUGCGAUCCUGCACUCCAGCAGAGAGAUGGCGAUCUGGAUACUGGACAGAUGUCUCGAGAUCAAACCGGACACCACUAAAGCAUUCGAGCCCUCAUUUCUUGAGACCAGCAGACUACCAUUAUUACAUAAUUCUGCAGCACGGAACUGGGACGACGUGAUUCGGCGCUUGAUCGCGCUAGGAUUGGAUCCGAAUGAGUCUCCGCGGCAGGGCGCACUCCCCUACACCGGGCAGUCAUAG